ACGGUUAAUGUAUCGUUAACAUUGCCGUACAGUGCGGGACAGUCUUAGAGAUGAACAUGAUCUCAGUGGAAACGGGUGUUCCCAUGAUGCUCCUUUGAAGGUGAAGACAGAGUCGGCAUGUACAGAUCUGUGUUUCCUAUGACCGAUGAGUAUUGGAUGGCGUAGCACCAAGUGAGAUAUGGACGACUGCAUCACCACCAUCAACGUGAGCGGACGUAGGUUCGAGAUCGGACGAGAUGUCUUGUCCAGGUACCCUGAUUCUACUCUAGGGCGACUGACGUCAUCUACAGAGAAGGAGGUUUUCUUCCAGAGACCCACAGCUGUGUUUAAGUCCGUCCUUGGAUACCAUCAGACAGGGCACCUGCAUCUACCAGCUUCUAUGUGUCUCGGAGCUGUACAGGAGGAACUGGAUUUCUGGGGAUUCAGCGUCGAUGACGUAGAGCCGUGUUGUAGACGUGCGCUUAACGGCUUUCAGAGACAGCAACAUGAGGUAAACGAGUUCCAAAAGGGGGCAACACUAGCGUUCAUCGAGCCGCAGGGGGAGUCCACAUCAACCUUCGCGAAGGUCAGGAAUUGGUUAUGGAAGAUGAUGGAUCGACCGUUUUCAUCAAAGAUUGCAAAGGUAUACUUCCUUAUAUCGUGCCUUGUGAUCAUCACAUCAACUCUACUAAUUGUCCUGGGAACCCUGCCUCAGUUCAAGAGCACCCUGAAGAAAGAACACUGGAGACAGUACUUCGGAGAAGACUACUUCGACGAGUACUACGACGAGAUCAGACUCGCAGAUGAAGAAUCUGACGAUGAGGAUGUGGACGAAAUAACGGAGAGACACAACAGGACGAGUGACGACAUUCUCGGGAACUUCAGUCUGCCCAAAGACGUCCAUGUGAAGAACGAGAACGUCGAACUGGUUGGUUACAUCUGCACCGCCUUCUUCGCAGUGGAGCUUCUGUUGAGGCUCUGUUGCUGCCCAAGUUUAGUCCGUUUCUUCAGGUCUCUACUGAACAUCAUUGACGUCCUCGCAGUUAUUGCCGCUCUAGGUAAGAUCCUUGUCGAGCAAGUGUCGGUCGCUGAGAAAUUCAAACAUUCCUACCUGGACAUUCUUGAAGGGAUGUUGGUCCUUCGAGUUUUGAGGCUGUUCCAUUUGACGAAGCAUAUCACAGGAGCUCGGGUUCUGGUCUACGCUUUCAAAUCUUCCUUAAGGGAGGUUGGUUUUAUGGCGCUUCUUCUUCUUAUUACCUCCAUCGUGUUUGGUACAGUUGUGUACUAUGUCGAUUCUGAUCAUAUGAAAACCAUACCGGAAGCAUGCUGGUGGGCAGUCAUCACUAUGACAACGGUUGGUUAUGGGGACAUAACUCCAUCUACUGCUGUUUCUAAGGGUGUCGGUGUGCUGUGUGCCUGCAUGGGCAUCUUGGUGCUGGCAAUAACUAUGCCGCUGUUUGUCAACAACUUUAUAACUUUUUAUUCUAUCGCCAACGAAACAUCCGACCAGGCGCAAACCACAAAUAACGAACAUGUCACCUUUUCAAAAGUUCAUCCUCUUAAACAUGGCGUGCUACAUCAGAGUAAUAAGUCAGAAGGGGAUCUAAAUAGUCGCUGAAUUACAUUUAUCAGUACAUUUACCAGUUCAUAACCUAUGACACAAAAACAUGUAUGUCAUACCCAAACGACAUAAAGGACCGUUCAUAAUUUAUGGCUAGGGGGAGUGAUGAUGAUUCUUAUGGAGAAGCAUGUACA